CACCCCAAGGGGUAGUGGCUCUGGCUUUAUUUACUCCUUAAGAAUCGUUCAUUCGAGCUGACCUGACCACCGCUCUCUCGCCCUCCCUCCCCUCCCCUCCUCCUCGUCGUCCUCCACUCCGCUCUCCAACGCGAACGCUUCCCAAUUAAACCCUACUCUCUCUCUCUCUCUCUCUCUCUCUCCGCCCUCACGUUAUCUCCGCCUCCUUCUCCACGCACGCACAGAAGAGAAAAAGAAAAUCAUGAAAGAAUAAGCAUUAGCAAAAGGUGAGGUAGAAAGGAGAGGAGAUAUAGACGAAUUCGGUUUUCAAGAACUGCGUGGUGGUGAAGUAGGGAUCGAUGGAGGUGGCGGCGGCGGACUACGCCGGCGGGGUCCGUGUCAAGAAGGAGGCCGGAGGCUGCGGCGGCAGCGGGGACAUGUUCCUCGUCGAUGACCUCCUCGACCUGCCGUGCGACGAGGAGGAGGAGGAGACGGGGUUGUGCGGGGCGUACGGCGGCGGCGGCGCCGGCCUGGGAGCGGGCGUCGUCGGAGGUGGCGGGGAUGACCGCGCGGCCGGGAACGCGUCGGCCGACUCGUCGACGGUGACGGCCGUCGACAGCUGCAGCAACUCAUUCUCCGGCCUCGCCGACGGGGACUUCUCCGGCGGGCUGUGCGAGCCGUAUGAACAACUCGCGGAGCUGGAAUGGGUGUCCACCUACAUGGGCGAGGAGACCUUGCCCACGGAGGAUCUCCGGAAGCUUCAGCUCAUCUCCGGCAUCCCCGCCGCGCCGCGCGCGCCGCCCGCUCUGGCCGUCUCCGCGGUGCAGCUGCCGGCAGGAGGCGCCGGCGCGCUGCCCACGGAGGCGCCCGUGCCGGGGAAGGCGCGGAGCAAGCGGUCCCGCGUCGCGCCGUGCAGCUGGUCGUCGCGCCUGAUGGUCCUGCCGCCGCCGCCGGCGUCGCCGCCGUCCCCGGCGUCGGCGGUCAUCUCGCCGUCCGAGUCGGGCACCGCGGCGCCGGCAUUCCCGGCCAAGAAGGCGGCGAAGUCCGCCAAGAAGAAGGACGGGCCGUCCCCCGCGCCGGCGCCGAACGCGGCCGCGCAGGCGGCGGCGGAGGGGAGGAGGUGCCUCCACUGCGAGACGGACAAGACGCCGCAGUGGAGGACGGGGCCCAUGGGUCCCAAGACGCUGUGCAACGCGUGCGGGGUGCGGUACAAGUCCGGGCGGCUCGUGCCGGAGUACCGGCCGGCGGCGAGCCCGACGUUCGUGGUGUCCAAGCACUCCAACUCCCACCGCAAGGUGGUGGAGCUGCGGCGCCAGAAGGAGAUGCAGCUCCUGCACCACCACCAGCAGCCGCCGCCGCACGUGGGCGCGGGCGGCGGCGGCGCCGCCGGAGGGCUGCUCCACGUGACGAGCCCGCUGCUGUUCGACGGGCCGACGUCGUCGGCGCCGCUCUUCGCCGGCGCGGACGAAUUCCUGAUCCAUAACCGCAUAAGCCCGGACUACCGGCGCCAGGCUACCUAGGAAACUAUUCAUUAGCCCAGGAAUAAUUCAGCGAUAAAAACAGCUAAUUUUUUUUUUGUCCUGCAAACCGCAUUUUUGGUUACUCUUUAUUUCUCAGCUUCUUAAGUUUCUUUUUUCUUUUUUUGAGAUUUUUAGUGUUUUUUCCCCCUUAGAAGCAGACUCUGAGGAGUUUCUUUCGUAGCACAUUUUUUUUUCUUUUGAAUUUUGUAAUGCAGGACUCUUAGAAGAAGAGGAAACAGGAGCAGUUUCAAUUAGUUCAAAGCACCCGGUACUUUCUUCUUUA